AUGGCAGCAAAACUGACCGUCUACAUCACGUUGCUCUUUCUUCUAAGUUUUAUAUUCAACAGAGUGCUCGCUCAACAAUGCACUAAAGGUGGAUCCGAGUCAUCAAUCUUCGGCUGGAAACUGCAAGGACAUGUAUACAGGACAACGAUGGCUAAUUUCGGGUUUGAAUGCGUACUAAUCUGUCGUCAAGACAACAGAUGCCAAAGUUUCAAUUGGGUGAUCUCUACCAACAUGUGCGAAUUCAGUGAUAGAACCAAAGAAGCCAGACCGGAGGAUUUUGUUCCCGAUCCAGACAGAUUUUACUACAAACGAGGCAUGAAUCGAGGUAAACUGAACUCGCACGUUGGUGUAGGGUAACGAAGUCCUACAGUCAGAAAAAAAGUGCCAUGUCGUUAUACAAUUACCGUAUUUAUUUUUUGUAUACUAAUGUAGAAUACCCGCGUAAGUGAUCCACAAGCGAGUCUUCCUGAUACAUGCAUUAGAAGACAAUGAAUUUUCAAAAACGUCCCCCAGAAUGGAGACUUUUGAAUACGCCGGCUUCUCGUUUACGUGCGGACGGGCAAAAAAGCGAAGAUUUUCGCGUAUACAAUGAUCAUAUUAUGGACGUCGAUAAAACCAGGAACAUGGAACAUGCCGGAACAUGCCGGAACAUUCCGGAACAUCCCGGAACAUGAAAAAAUAAAAAUAAUUUUCAUGGAAAAGAAAAAUUAAAAAUAAAAUAGUUUUUGUAAAAAUUAAUAAUAACGUAAAAUAAAAAAAAAAAAAUUAAGAAAACGAAACUGAUAUCAUCUCCGAGUAUGAGAAAACAAUAUUUUGUCGCGAUUAAUUUGUUGGGCGAGUAAGGGUUUAUGCAAAUGACAGUAAUGAUCGAAUGAAGGCUUGCUUCUAAAUUCAAAUAUAUAUUAAAAUGGGUCGCGAGGAGGGUGGUUUUCAAGCUUUCCUCACACAGCUACCUCUUUUACUUGUUUGCCGUGAGUUAAUCAUUUGGCGGUUAUCCAUUUACGGCUCUGCGAUGGUCUGAAAUGUCGGUGCAGUAUCACCAGUUCAUGUCAAACCAAGUCGGUCCUUAUAUAUAACCGACAUUUUCUUACCUGAGGUGCUUUGCUUUCUUGAGGUUGACAUGAAUUACUUACAGACUAGGCUCUGUGCACUUAAGAAGAGCUCAGGGGCUCCUGUCUUUGGAUUUUAGUGGACAAUACUCACAUUCGUAGUAGUUUCUAUACUGUUUACAGUCAGCCUGAUAUUUCAGCCAUCUCCCCGAGUCGCAAACUUCACUUGCGACUCGGAAGACGGCUAAAAUUCAGGCUAACUGAUAACAGUUACAAACUACCGCUGCACUACCCCUGCCACUGCAACUAUUCAUGGCGAAUGUGAAUCUUAUCCAAGUCCAAAGCAACGAGCCCUAAGCUCUUAUUGCGGUCGCAAAACCGUAAAUGGAUAACCGUUAACCCGUAUGGCAAACAUUUACAAGAGGUGGCUGUGUGAGGAAAGCUUGAAAACCCUCCUCCUCGCAACCCAUUUUUAUAUAUUUUGAAUUUAGAAACAAGCCUUCAAUCAUUACUGUCAUUUGCAUGGACCCUCACUCGCCCAACAAAUAAUUUGCGACAAAAUAUUGUUUUCUCAUGCUCGCAGAUAAUACGAGUUUCUUUUUCUCUAUUUCUUUAUUUUUCGUUUCUCAUUUAUUAUUUAUUUUUACAAAAAUUGUUUUAUUAUUAUUAUAUUUUUAUAAUUUUUUAUGAAAAUUAUUUUUACUUUUUCAUGUUCCGGGAUGUUCCGGAAUGUUCCGGAAUGUUCCGGCAUGUUCCGUGUUCCAGGUUUUAUCGACGCCCUCAUAUUAUACCCCUAGCUCUACGCAUUCUCUGAUAGGGAUACUAAUGGUAUUUCCAUCAUUUUAGCGUUCUCAUGUGGACGGACACAAACGAUUCAGCUACGCUAAGUAUGGCCGUGUUUUUUCUGUCUGUCUUUUUUUUUUUUUGGAAAACGAAGAAAAAAUCUUAGGAUGUCUUAUCCGGUUUCGCUUGAACAAGAUCUCUAAGCACUGCAUGUUUUGAGGAGUAGACUUUUCUCGCGUUUCGCAUCAGUGAUUACACGAAUUCAGAUCGUUGUAUUGUUUCACUCCAGGCCUCAAGUUGGUGUGUUUGUUUGCAUGAUUGUGGGAAUUGUCUAUGAAAAAUAACAAUCAUUGUUAUAUAGCUGGACCUUUUUCCCAAAAGCGCGCGCUGUCAUUGGCUACUUCAAGGUCACAUGACAUCUAACAAUGAAACUGUUUCCCGCCAAAAUCUCUGAGCGGCAACGUUACAAAAUCUAUGACCUCAGAGGGUAAGAGUGCACUGUUACCCGCGAAUGCGGACCGUCGACUGCAGUUACGACUACGACUGCAGUUACUGAGAGGAUUAAUGAAUUUUCAGCUUCAAAAUUUCCAGCUGUAUAACAAAUAACCCCUUGGCCCCUUGGGAAGCAGUUUAUUUUGUUUCCGUCGCUUCUCAAUGAUUCCCUCAGCGAACACUGAGACUUUCGGGAAACAAAAUUACUGUCAGGACUAGUCAUUAAAUAAAUUUUUUAUGUCACCUUUUCAUUGUAGCACCUCUCGGUUCUAUUUCUGAGCUGCCAGCGGAAACGUGUAAAGAAAUUAAAGCGAGUGAAGAACAUGCGGUGAGCAAAAAAUACUGGCUAAGCACCAUAAAGCCUGGUAUCCCUGUUUUGGCUUAUUGUGACAUGAACACUGGAGGCAAGUACAGUCGAACCUUUCCUAAUGAGUACUUCCGUAACACGUAAACGUCUCUAUUUCGUCGUCUAAAACCCUGCCGAAACAGGAGCCGAUUUAUCGUCUCCUGGCCAAAUAGAGUAUAAUUUACAUUCUAAUCGAGAACAAUUCAGCUUAGUAUUAUUCUAUGAAAAAUAUACAAAUAUCCUUUACAAGCGCAUUUUCUCAAUCUGGAUGAGCAGUUUGGGCGUAAGAAGCCUCUUUUCUCUCCUAACGAGUUCAUCAGUCAAACAGAAUGCUUUAUGCUUUUUUUUUAAUGCUUUUUUAAAUUAUUAUUUUAUUUCGGCUCCUGUUUAUUUUCAAUAUGAAAAGGAAUUAAUGCUAUUAUAAUAACUUUACAAAGCGUCCCCAAUAUUUAUUUCCAGUGACUUUUAGCGCCAUUGUAAAAUACAAACCGGUAACCAUGACAAAUUGUAAAUAUCAUGCCUCAUUGCGUGGUCAAUCAGAAAGCGCUACAUAAGUGCUAUUGUUUUUUAUUCAGAUGUUGACGAGUGUACCGCUUCCCUGCCUGUCUGUGACGUCAAUGCCCAAUGUACUAAUACCAAUGGGUCCUAUGCCUGCAAUUGCAAGAAUGGGUUCUCUGGUGAUGGGAAAACGUGCCAAGGUUUGUGAGUUGUCGAAGCUGCUAUUUCUCAAAACAGAUUAAAGUAAUAAGCAAACGAUCCAGGGUAAUGCGUAAUGUUCCUUCUGUGGUUUAUAGGUGUAACUUUAGCAGUAAAAAGUGAAUCUCGACAUGAUUUGGUACAGACGUUCGGUUUUUUAGAACGCCACUGUUUCACUCGAGUUAUUUCUUUGAAUCAGUAUAUACUGAUCUGAUGACAUGACUUGUCUCGUGACCAAACUUCACGUUCUUCACUGCAUAGCCUAGGGUGCUGUGGAUUAGUCUUCUUUCGAAAAAGAAAUUUAAAUUGAUUUUGCCUCACGCAGGCCUUUGAAGCUUCAGUGUAUUUAAAACACGCAGGCACUUCGAAUACAAAUGUUACGAAAAGACAGGAAUCUCACUUCUUGUGUCUUUCAUUUACAACAUGUGGUUCCCAUCUACUAAAUUUGUAGUUAAUUUUACUUCUUAAAUGUUUCUUUUUUAUUUAUUUGUUUAUUAAGUUGAUUUGGAAAUAGGGAGUUUGAGAGUUUAAGCAACGACGUUUUUGAGCGACGCACGUCUAGCGGAAGAUAAAUUUUUGCACUCUUCGUCCUUGAUUUUGAAUAAAUUCUUGGGCAAAUCGUCUCUAUAAGUGUAAAGACACUUAGCAAUAAAAUUUGGUGAUUGUCAAGGCAUAUUAAAAGAGAAAAAAGCUUACUUCUGGUUGACGUGCUUCGCUCCAAAACGUCGCGGCUUUAACUCCCUAUCGACUAGUCUUGUUCUCCUUUAACAGACAUUGAUGAGUGCAGCGCCGUUCCCUUCAUUUGUGACCAAAACGCUACCUGUCAGAACAAUGAAGGUUCAUAUCUUUGUUUAUGCCAAGCUGGUUUUACUGGAGAUGGCAAAAAAUGCCGGGGUAAGAUACGUAAACUGGGUUUAAUAACCAUAGUUUGCUUUGUCUUGCUUCCUUCUGGUUACCAGUCUUAGGCCUGGUGCUCUACCAUUUAGCUACAAGGGAUCUGCACUUAUGGAAGAAUGAUCUAGGUUCAAAGGACGCAAGGUUUGUGCAAGUGCAGGUGCGGGGGAAGUUGAAAGUGUUAGGAAUAGGGCCUGGGCUACAGUUACGGAACGCUUAGUCUCAACUGCACACCGCCACACUUGCCGAUAGACUGCUCCGGCUCACGUGUCCAGAAUGUCGAUUGAGGGUGAAUCUAACUAAGCCUUGGAAAUAUAUGAAAAAUACAUUUUUCUUCUUCAGUCAGGAAUACAGCUGACGUGAAAAAAAAAAACGGAAUCCGACUUCUUUCAGCAGGAGUCGACAUAAUUUAAUUCGGAUUCCCCCCGCCCCUCCUUUAAACACACAAAAAUCACUCUCAGAAGUUGGGCGUCAAUGCUUUGAAGGUCAUUCCCUAUUUCUGGCCGUUUGCGACCAAGGGACCACCUUACGAAUAAGAACCAUUGAGACAAGACAAGACACGAGUGGUAAAACAAGAAAUGCUCUGCAAGUCGUAACCCUCGUCAAUAGUGCGCCCCCAAAAUUUGUCGUACCUACCUAGUAUCGCUCAAAAAGGUGCUUAAUAGAUUUAAUUUUUCUUCUCUCAGAGUUACCGCUGUAACCUUCAGGGGUCUUUCAGAGAAUCGACCUGAAAAAUUCGGAAACUAUUUUCCACUCAACUAAAUCCUCUCUUUGACCAUAAAAAGAAUCAGUGUCAGAUCAGUAGUUGUUUUGGAAAAUUUUGUUUGGGAUUGUCACCACCCUUAAAACGAGAUUAUGGUACACUCACGGUACAUUACUUUAUUGCAUGCCAUUUGCUUACGAUAAGUUUACGAAACGAUUCGUAGACGGUCUAAAGCAAGCCUACAAAUACUUUGCAAUUGUCGUAGGACGGUUAAUUUUGUACGCUACAAUUCAAGUGGGAGGUUUAAUAGUAAGAGCAUCACAUGCAAAAAAAGGUCUAUACUCGAGGAGAUACGCACUUGGACAUCGAUCGUAUAAAGUCUAAUCAUCAUUUAUUCACAGAUAUCGAUGAAUGCAGCAUUGUUCCCUCCGUCUGUGAUCCGAAUGCCGACUGCCAAAACAAUGAUGGUUCUUACCUUUGCUCGUGUCAGCCUGGUUUUAUUGGAGAUGGAAAAAGAUGCCGAGGUAACAUGGAAAAUAAAAUAAAGUACAUUUUAUAGAUUUUUUUCGCAGCUUAAUCCAAGAAUAGGGAAAAGAGUUUCAACCUUGUUACUCAUGUUCCCUAAACGACAAUCUCUUUAGAGGUACUCGGUAAUCUUAUUGUAGGCCAUUACAAACCUCUCUGUCUUUUCUUAUUUUCUCGUUUUCUUUUUCGAUGUUUGUUGUGGUUGCACGAGCUUGCUAGCAGCUUUGCCACGCAAAAUCGACGGUUUGUUGGUAAGCGCGCUACAAAAACGACGUUCGCAGGUUCACAUAGAGAAGCUUACAAUAUAUACCAGCCACAAAAACGUUUCGUCUGUGUUUAGGCACUUUUUGACUGCAUUUCACUCAAAUUAAAAAUUUUUGAACUGAAAUGACACCGGUUUGAAACUUAACGGAGUCAGAUUACUGAAUAAAUGUUAUAAUUUUUAAUUUGGACUUGGUGAAAUGCUUCUAGGGACCACCAAGUUACUGCCUGGCGUCGGUAUCGGCCUUUAAGCCGUUCAAUCUGAAGUGUAAACUCUAUGAGGCUCUUUUAAACACGGAAUAAGUAAAAUGAGAUUUGAACUUGAAUGAAAGAUAACCGGUUUAAACUUUAAUGGGGUAAAGUUUUUUAUUAAUGUUAUUAAUUUUUUUUUUGGAGUUGGGGAAAGGCUCUAGGGGCCCCCACAUGUUUUUCGGGGGGUGGUUUUGGGCUUUUAAGCGGUUAAAUUUGAAGGGUAAAUUUUUUGGGGGCUUUUUCAAACCGGAAAAGUAAAAAUAGAUUUUUACUCCCCCCCCCCCCCCCCUUUAAUUCUUUGUCGUUACUCUUCCAUUUUCAGUCCCAUUAGUUACAGCGUCAAGCUCCUGUGCCCGCCUGUUGGUUAGCGACACUUCUAAGUUGAGUGGAAUAAUUCAGUCAAGUUUGUCAUCGACGUACGGGAACAACAUUACCUGCCAAUGGAAUUUAUCAUCAAAUACAAUAUUGGAACUGGUCUUCUCCAUUUUCAAAACCAAAGCCUCUGAUUACCUUAGUGUGUACGAUGGCACGUCAGCCUCAUCGAAUCUGAUUGGCAGAUUCAGUGGAGAAAUUUUGCCUGGACCUUAUGCCCUCAGUACCACGAAUAAUCUUUAUUUGACGUUUUCAUCGAGUAGCGCGGGACCAACGGAUUUUGGAUUCAGAGCUCGAUACCGAGGUGACUUACCAUAAAGUAGGAGACCUUAAGAUUAAGGUUUGGUCAUUUUACUGCAAAUUAUACGUCGACAAACUGCGGUUUGCGGUUAACGGUUUGACGUUACACGUCUGCCCAUAUUUGGGACUUACUCCUAUUUUAGCUGAGAAAUUGUCUACAACAUUAGUACUUACGUUUUUUUGACAUAGAAUUCGACAAUCAAUACGUAAAAGAGUUCCAAAAAGUUGUUAUUUCUUCUCAAACGUGGGAUUGUGAUGUUUUAGGGUGCAAAAGAUCUCGGCUUGCGGUAAAUCACUUACCUCUUGGGCGGUCUAGCCGUACAAACGUGGACCUCAAACCGCAGACCUGACGGUAACGCCCUGAUCACGUGACUUCUUGACGUGCGCGCUUCGCCGGAAAUGCCGAAAAACCUCAUUCUUAAUCUAUGUAAUACUUUACAACCGGAGCACCAUGAUUUUAAUCAGUACUGAAAGUUCAAAUGAAAAUCAGUUUGUAUAAAUGCUAAUGGUUUAGGGGCACCCAAUGGUAGGCUUAGCCAGAAGUUGCUCGGCAACGUUUCGGCAACUUUUGAGAUUUUGGGAAACUUUUGCGAUUUUCCGCAACUUUUAAAAUUCUUGGCAACUUUCGAUUUUUUUUGUUAGCAUUUUUAAAAUUAUUUUUUACUUUUUUCGCGACAUUUAUUAGCUUUCGAAAGAAAAGUCAGCUAAAUUCAACUGGUUUAUACUCAGUGUGAGUGUGUGGACUCCAGGACUGGCUCAAUUUCCAAUGCCAUCUUGGUGUUGCACGCCUGUCUAUAAGGUCAGUGAUGUCACAUAACACGUUUUUCAAGAUGGCGGACAACACUGUGAGUGAUUCAGAUUCCAGCAGGGAAGAACGUGCAGAUGAAGACCCGAUUAAUUGAACUGUUGAAUUUGCGUUCUAUUACUUAAUGAAGUUUUGUUAAAAAAAAAAAAAAAUUGCGAAUAAAACUUAGUUAUACUGUGCACCAUUUAAACCGUAAUAAAACCAACUUCAAGUGCGAACAAGUAAAGAAAAAUAGUUUCCUUGUUUAAUCGGCUGAAAUGGUUGCCUUUUUAUUAAAGACGCUUUAAUAUCUAAAUGUAUCAUUGCUUAUAAGCGAUUACAAGGUGACGUCCCUGUUUAUCUAAACGAUCUACUAAAAUUAAACAGUAACGUCCACAGUAGACAAACAAGUUACCGUAAUUUUAACCUAACCUCUCCGAGGUAUAAUCGCGAAACAGAAGGAGGAAGAACUUUUGCCGUCACAACUUGCAAAGCGUGGAACAGUUUAUCUUUGCCCGUAAGGCAAAAGGACUCAGCUGACUCUUUAAAAAAAGGAUUGUGGAAUGGUUUUUUUAAACAACAGCAGAAUCUUGAUCAUUUUUCUAUUUAAGUUACUUGAUGAAUUGUGACAUGAUUAUAAUGCUAUAUUUUAUCUUUUAAAUAAUUUAGUAGAUUCUAUAGUAUCUGUAUUCUUUGGUUUUUACCUUGUAUUUUUUUAUAGCUUAGUAUACUCAUUUAUUAUUUUAUUAUUUAUUUAUCUAUUUAUUAUUUAGAGGGCCACAAGUUUAUUAGCCCCGGCUAUUUCGUCCUAACCCUCAUAAAAUAAAGUCUUUACUUACUUACUUACUAAGUCUUUACAUCUUUUCGGCAACUUUUUCGAAAUUCAGCAACUUUUCAGCAACUUUAAGACAGUUUUAUCGGCAACUUUUUGGGACUUUAUCGGCAACUUGUGGCUAAGCCUACCCAAUGAUGUUUCCUUCAAAAUGCAUCUUCCAUUGAUAAAUCAUGAUUCCCUUGAAACCACUUUAAUUUCAGCUGGAUCACCUGCUAAGGUUCAAUCGAGAUAUCGUAGCUACAUGUAAUAGAAAUUUUGGGCAGUUGUAUUUUUCGUAAAGAUCUUCCCGCAAGUUUGUUUCUUGCCUGCGAACAAGUUCUAUAUUUAGAGAAGUCGCGAGAAGUCGCGCGUGAGCAGUACGCGAAAGGAGUCUUGAGAGCUGGGAAGCUUCUCGCGCGUUCUCGCACUACUGCCUCGCUCACUAGUCGAAAUGGAGCGGUAACUCACAGGCCACCCAGUUUCCUAUCAGUACCCCACGAAGAUCAAAUUAAUGCAUCAGAGCUAACCGACCUCAAUGGAUCGAAGUAUGCAGGUCGACGGUGAAUGCCGAUUCUGAACCAUUCUGACGUCUCAGAGUUGCGAUCUGAUCGAAUGAUUCUUCCGAAUCUGAAAGCUGUACACUGACUUUGUCCUGGAUGGCGUAUAUAAAGUGUUUUUACAUAACGUCACUGCGGCCAUAUUCGUGUUCCAAAUCAAUGAAAUGGCGGCCACUCGAGGCCACGUUGGUGUUCCAAAGUAGUCUUCUGCGAGUUGAUGCGAGUUGACUUCCUUUCUUAUGCAAACGCUUCGUUUUGUUCCAGUAAAUUUGAGUAGAUGCCGGCCACGUGAGUGAAAACGCUCUAGAACUCUAUAACAGAACGAUUGCAUCGCAAUAUCAUUUUCUUCAUUUCGGCAUUGUCGCUUCUAUUGGGGAGACCCUAGAUAACAAUGACCUCAACCAGGCUGUGGCGUCCAACGGUUUUAGUGAAAACAAUGGUUUGGUGAAAGAAUGAAACAAAGGUUUGGGUUGGUGCUCAGUCUCGUGGGCUCAUAAUACCUAGUCUCGGUCAUUCUUAUUUAAGGAUUUUUCUUUUGUUGUCUGGGUAAGUGUGACUUUUCACAUUGGCUUAUAUGACCCGAUCAGCGGCCGGUCAUGCAGUCACGUGAUAAAUUCAAACCGAUAAGUAUAGGUAAUCAGAUUUUUAUCAUCAACAGGGCUCUGCACGGACAACGCUCCACUUUGAUAUAUAUAUAUUUUUUUUCACUCUCUAUAUCUUUCUCUGUUUUUAAUUUUUGUUUAAAAUCAUUUUAUCUCCUGUACCGGAAAAAUAAGCUAUCACUACUGGUUCCCUUCGUAUAAAAAGCAGCACACUAUCAACCGGCAGAGUAGAAGUCUUCUAUAACAACGAGUGGGGCACUAUUUGCGAUGAUCUUUGGGAUCUGAAUGACGCUAACGUGGUUUGCAGGCAGCUUGGUUUCCCAAAAGCGUCUCAAUUCUUUGGAAAGGCCCUACAUGGGCAGGGUUCUGGACAGAUUUGGAUGGAUGAUUUGGCGUGCUUAGGAAAUGAAACGCAUAUCUACCAUUGCAGCCAUAAUGGAUGGGGAAAGGAGAAUUGUGGUCAUUCUGAAGACGCCAGUGUAGAGUGUUUCCCAAUCCGUCUUGCAGGGGGAGGACAAAAUUAUGGUCGCGUUGAGGUUUUUUAUAAAGGGAUCUGGGGUACAGUUUGUGAUGAUGCCUGGGAUCUCAAUGAUGCUCAAGUGGUUUGUCGCCAACUUGGUUUCCGCAACGCCUCCUCUGCGCCACACGGUGCAAAAUACGGUCACGGAUCUGAUCCUAUCUGGUUGGAUGAUGUCGGCUGCAAGGGAGAAGAGGCUUCGCUGUUUAACUGCUCACAUGCAGGAUGGGGUAUUGAGAACUGUAGUCAUGGCGAGGAUGCCAGUGUAGUUUGCACGAACUAA